AUGCCUGAAUUAACUCGUGAUUUUCUUGAUCCAGCUGAAUUCUAUCAACAAGUAAAAACAAUCUGUGGUAUUAAUUUUUUUUGUGGUGUACCGGAUUCUUUACUCAAAGACUUCUGUGCUUACGUGACAAAAAAUGUUUCACCUAACUAUCAUAUUAUUACUGCCAACGAGGGUUCUGCUGUUGGUCUUGCUUGUGGUUCAUAUAUGGCAACAGGCCAACCUUCAUUAGUCUAUUUACAAAAUUCUGGUUUGGGCAAUAUUGUUAAUCCUAUUAUGUCUCUUGCAACACCAGGUGUUUAUAGUUUACCUAUGUUAUUAUUAAUUGGUUGGCGUGGUGAACCAGGUAAACCAGAUGAACCACAACAUCGUGUUCAGGGACCUGCAACACCUGAUAUUCUAAGUGAGCAAAUAUUAUUUAUUAAAACUUCAAGUAUAAUAUUUUUCCUCUUAGCUGCACUUGGUAUUCCUUUUCAAUCGUUACCGAAUUGUCAUGAUGGUGCUGGUCAAGCACUUGAAACAGCUAAACGUUAUAUGGAAACAACAAAAGGUCCAUAUGCAUUACUUGUUAAACAACAAACAUUUUUAACAUAUGCAUUACCUAAAAUGAAUAUAGAUGUAGAAGCCGGAUUAAGUUUAACACGUGAAGAAGCAUUAGAAUGUGUUGUUAAUCAUUUUCAACAUCAAGAUGUUGUUGUUGGUACAACUGGAAUGCUUAGUAGAGAAUUAUUUGAACUUCGAAUGAAACGCGGUGAUGGACAUGAACGAGAUUUUUUAACUGUUGGAGGAAUGGGUCAUGCAUCAGCGAUUGCAUUAGGUAUUGCGAUUCAAAAACCAGAUCGAACUGUUUAUUGUUUGGAUGGUGAUGGUGCUGUUCUAAUGCAUAUGGGCAUAUUAGCAAAUAUUGCUGCAGUUGCACCAUCAAAUUUUAAACAUAUUGUAUUUAAUAAUGGUGCACAUGAUAGUGUUGGUGGUCAACCAACUGUUGCGAGUAAUCAUGAUAAAUUUUCAUUUAGUCACAUAGCUCAGGGUUGUGGUUAUAAAUAUGUAAUGAUAGCAACCAAUCAAAUUGAAAUAAAUGAAGCAAUGGAAAAAAUUCGUGCAAUUAACAAUGAUGGCCCAAUUUUACUUGAACUUCGAAUUAAAACUGGUCACAGAAAAAAUUUAGGUCGACCAACACGAUCAACGAAUGAAAAUAGGAAAGAUUUUAUGCACUUUUUACAAUUUAAUUAA